CUCUUGCCUCACCCGGGUGCCAGGCCAGCUGUUGAUUUUCCCGCCAUUUCCAGCUCUUCGUGAGGAGAACUGGAUGAUUUCCUGAGGUCUGAGGACUUCUGGAAUCACCGCGGCGAAGCGGAAUGGAUUGGUUUCACUGCAACCAGUGCUUCCGAAAAGAUGGAGCCCAUUUCUUUGUCACCAGCUGCGGCCAUAUUUUCUGUAAAAAGUGUGUGACUCUGGAAAAAUGUGCUGUUUGCGGAACUGCUUGCAAGUAUCUGGCUCUUUCUGAUAAUCUGAAACCUCAGGAGAAGAUGUUUUUCAAAAGUCCUGUGGAGACAGCUUUGCAGUAUUUUAGUCACAUCUCUCAGGUGUGGAGUUUCCAGAAGAAACAAACAGAUCUCCUCCUCGCCUUUUAUAAGCAUAGAAUUACAAAGUUAGAAACAGCCGUGCAGGAGGCACAACAAACACUGGUCAGCCAGGACAAAGAAUUGUCAGUCUUAAGGAAGGAGAACGGAGAACUGAGGAAACUUCUAGCCAUUCUAAAGGAAUCUCCGAGUUGGUACCAAGGAAGCAGGUCAACCACACCUCGACCAGUGGGCAUUACUUCCCCAUCACAGUCAGUUACCCCACGACCCAGUUCCCAGCAUAGCAGUCAAGUGGUCAGUCGAUCCUCCUCAGCGGAAUCUAUUCCUUUUAGAGAGGCUGGCUUUGGUAGCUUCGGACAAGGAGGCAGAGGUCUGCAGGAAAGGAGAACUCCAAGAAACCCUUAUAAUGAAACCCCUUCACCAGCUUCAACCCACAGCUUAUGUUAUAGACCUUCAUCUGCCUCCUCUGGACAGGGGAUUUUUUCUUUCAGACCAUCCCCAAAUGGGCAUUCAGGCCACACAAGAGUCCUUACCCCCAACAAUUCUGCUCAGAGGGAGAGCAGAACCACACUAGAGAGUUUUCCUACUUUCCAGCAACCAGUCCUGCAGACUCCCUACCAACAACAGAGGCAGAUGGGAUUACCCAGUGGGAGAGGAGCAUGGAGCACUUCCAGAUAGAUCAUCUUCAAGGUCUGAUCUAUACAUACUGCUGAAGGAUAGAUUGUAGCAUGCAGUACCCACUGGGGUGAUGGCUCUGGAAAAAGCACCCUGGCGUUGUUUCCUGGUUUCACUCUGUACCUUAUGCUUCCUCAUUUUUACCCUAUUCACCCUUAUCACCUCCCAGUACAGUGGUAAGGUCUUAGAAAAGGCUAGUGCUUCAAGAUGAUGUUUAUAUCUCUUCCAGAAGACAUAGGUAGCUUCCCUCAUUUCCUAAAACUUGAAACAAAGAUUGUAAAAAUAAUUCUUGGCAUCAUGCUUGGUUGGGAGUUGGGAAUGGGGAUGUGGUGGGCCAUAUACACAUCACUGUUUCAUUUCUGGUUUUCUUUUUUAGCUUUGGAUAUACUCUCCCAUUGCCAGUGUUAACAAGCAACAUCUCUGUUCUUUGUCCUUCUACUUUUUCUGUUUGCCUGUUGUUUCCUCUAUGCUUACUUACUAUUAAAUAUAUUAAUUUUCCUUUCUAUUGAAAACAACUGUUAGAGACACUGAUUUUUCAGCUUAGUAAAGUAUACAGGUAGUAAAACUAAGAGGAUGUCCUUUUAUUGCUACAA